AUGCCGUUCUCAGAUUCAGAUCACAGGCGCUCGCUUUCGCCCGAUGCUGACACCAGUGAUAUCAGACACACAAUCACUGCCAUCAGGAGCCGACCAUCCCGCAACCAAAGCCAAAGUUUAAGCCCAGAGAGAGACACCAAUCGCACCAUCCGCCACCUUAGCAAGAGUCCAUCACCGCGCCACCGUUCCAUCAGGGACCACGCUCGUGAUCAUCGUCGACAGGAGGACCCUCGAAGAGGCAGGAGCAGAAGCAAGAGUCCCUACAGAGGAGCCUCGAGCAAUUCACGUUCACCCGAACCUCGACCUUCUCGAAUCCGAUCUCCACCACGAGAGGUGAAUCGACGACCAUUACAUGAUGAUUCGCCAAGCAGGUAUCAACGCCGAGGAGAAAACAAUAGGGGACCCAGUCCUUCAUACGAAAGCUACAGACCUGCGAGAAGGGAUGACACCAAUCGGAGUUACCGUCGUGAGGACAGGGGCCGCUACGACGGCAAUGACAGAGGUCGCAGGGGCGAUAAUUUUAGAGAGUACGACCAGCGUGGAGGAGCAAGGGAUGAUCCCGACACACGUGGAGGGCCAUACACAGAUCAACGUAAUGGAGACAAUCAGCGAAACGAGGAGAGUUAUAGAGGUGGACGUAGGCCGCUGGAAGCUAUGAAGGAGUAUUCUGAUAAUCGUCGGGAUAUGCGUGCCGGAAUCAAAUUCUCUAUUUGGGCACCCUCACCAUCUGCAGAGGAACUUCGUAACAGAUCGCCGUCACCCGACAAGGAGGUUAAGAAAAAAUCGGAAAAGUCCAAGAAGCAUGAUUCAGGUUCGGAGUCGGAUCGGUCAGAUGAAGGCAGGAAGCGGCAUCGCAAGUCAUCAAAGAGACGAAAGGACAAACGAUCAUCCUCUCGCCAUAGGAGCUCCCGUCAUAAGAGUACCAAACGAUCUUCCAAGAGAACCCAACGCAGCCCAACCCCAUUCAGCGCGAGCGAAGACGAGUCAAGAGAUGGGGCAAAGAGUUAUCAUGACGAGAAGGUCGCACUGGACGACAGUUUGGCAAUUGCGCCUCGUGGCGCCACAAGCGUUGUUCAAAACCAACCCGAUCAGGACGAUGAUGGCAUGGAGUUCCCGGACGAUAUGUGGGUGGAGAAAAAGGUGGAGAUGCCAGAGGAUGACCAGGAUGUUGGACCAACGCCCUUGCACCUGAAUGACCACAUGUUGAACGAGCGCAGUUAUGGUGGUGCUCUCUUGGCCGGUGAAGGUUCGGCAAUGGCUGCCUACGUCCAGGAUGGCAAACGUAUCCCUCGUCGUGGAGAGAUUGGCCUGGAGAGUGAUCAGAUCGAGCGCUAUGAGCACUCUGGAUAUGUUAUGAGCGGUAGUCGUCACCAACGCAUGAACGCUGUUCGUGUAAGAAAGGAGAACCAGGUCAUCAGCGCUGAAGAGAAGCGAGCGCUUCUUAUUUUCAACCAAGAGGAAAAAAUCAAGAAGGACAACAAAAUCAUCAAUGAGAUGCGUGAGAUGGUUGCUUCCAAACUGCGGUCUACAGGACACUCAGUUUAG